CAAUUGCUUCGUCAUCGGCCAAACCCAAACAACCUUCCGCAUUUCUCCGAAACAGUCUUAGCGGGAAGGCAACGUCCAAACGUCGCCGGUGUGUCAGUGGCAAAAAGUGUCUUAUCGGAAUGGCCUUGUCCACUUGUCCUAGGGUCUUUUCCUUCGAGAGUCGCUAUGUACCCGACUUCUCAGGUGCGCCGAAUAUCGGACAAGGGGAUAGGAAGGCGAGCCACAGCCGAUUCGCUGGCGGGCUCAAACCGGCUCGUUUUCACGGUAGCCUUUCGUCGCUGAUCUUCCGCUUCCCUCCCAACUUCGUCCGCCAGCUUAGCACUAAGGCCCGCAGGAACUGCAGCAACAUCGGCGUCGCCCAUAUCGUCGCGGCCUCGUGGUCCAACAACCCAACUUCAUCUUCGGCGGCGGCUGCGGCGGCCUCAGCAGCCUCUCCAGCCGCCACCGAGCCGAUCCCACCGUCUGUCGAUGCUGCAGCCGAGGAUGGCGUGGCGUUGAUAGAGAAGGAAGUGGAUCGUAGUGUGAUUGGGGGUCUAAACUUGGAGCUCGAGGGUUUUCCUAAAUCCAAGCCCUCGGUGUUUAGCUCCGAUGGGAGCCUCACUAUCCAUGCUGGUGAGAGAUCUGGACGCGGGAUAGUGACUGACGGAAUUACCACACCAGUGGUUAAUACUUCAGCCUACUUUUUUGACAACACUGCUCAGCUCAUUGAUUUCAAGGAGAAACGACGGGCAAGUUUUGAGUACGGCCGCUAUGGCAAUCCUACCACGGUGGUUUUGGAGGAAAAGAUAAGUGCGCUUGAGGGUGCUGAAUCGACCCUGAUAAUGGCAUCUGGAAUGUGUGCUAGCACAGUCCUGUUGAUGGCAUUGGUGCCUGCUGGUGGGCAUCUUGUGACGACAACUGAUUGCUAUCGGAAGACUAGGAUAUUCAUCGAGACCGUUCUUCCUAGAAUGGGGAUCACAGCCACUGUCAUUGACCCAGCAGACGUAGGAGCCUUGGAAUCUGCGCUAAAUAAGAACAAAGUUUCUCUGUUCUUCACAGAGUCACCCACCAACCCAUUUCUUAGAUGUGUUGACAUCAAGCUGGUUUCAGAGCUUUGCCACAGGCGAGGAGCAUUGGUCUGCAUAGAUGGUACCUUUGCAACACCUCUCAACCAGAAGGCCCUUGCCCUCGGAGCUGAUCUUGUUCUGCAUUCUGCCACAAAGUACCUUGGGGGCCACAAUGAUGUCCUUGCUGGUUGUAUUAGUGGUUCAAUGAAGUUGGUCUCAGAAGUUCGUAAUUUGCACCAUAUUUUGGGUGGUGCUCUCAACCCAAAUGCCGCGUACCUUAUCAUCCGAGGCAUGAAGACACUGCAUCUUCGUGUACGGCAGCAGAAUUCAGCAGCGUUGGGGAUGGCCAAAAUUUUAGAGGCACAUCCUAAGGUGAAGCAUGUGUAUUAUCCUGGCUUGCCAAGUCAUCCUGAACAUGACCUUGCCAAGCAACAGAUGACUGGUUUUGGUGGUGUGGUCAGUUUUGAGGUUGAUGGAGACCUACAGACCACCAUAAAAUUUGUUGACUCACUGAAAAUCCCAUACAUUGCCCCAUCCUUUGGUGGCUGUGAAAGCAUUGUGGAUCAGCCAGCAAUUAUGUCUUACUGGGAUCUACCUCAGUCAGAAAGGCUCAAGUAUGGGAUAAAGGAUAACCUGGUUCGAUAUAGCUUUGGAGUUGAAGAUUUUGAAGACUUGAAGGCUGAUAUACUUCAGGCCCUGGAAACAAUAUAGGCUCAACAUUUCCAGUCAAAGAUCCGGGAUCUUAUGGCGCAUAGCCUACCGUGUCCUUUUUUUCGCUGUCAUCUUUCUGUGGUCUACCGCUUUUGGGGCUUCUAUUGAUUUUUAUCAUCAAUUGUGCUGUUUUUCUCCUGUGGACUGAUCAUUAAAUGUUCCAAUAAAUAGCUUAAAAUUCGUCUGA